AUGAGCAACAACAGCAACUCCCGAGACAUCAUCGCCUGGCUGGUACCAACGGCACGCGGCACGAGCGCCGACAAAGCAACACAUCUCCCCGCCAACAUGGCCCGAACCAUACCCACCUCCUCGUCCGGCCCUCUGUCCUCGAAGCUGUCCCAAGUGUCGGGACGAGCGCCCCAGAGGGCCAUUCAGCUCUGUUUCAGCCAGGAGCCUCUUCGACGGGGGAGCUUCGUGCUCGGCACCGACGCCAACUGCUGCGACGUGCUCCUCCCCCCGGCGCCCGGCAUUUCUGCGCAGCACUGCUCCAUCGGCUUCGACGCCGAGUCGAGGCUGGUGCUGGACGACUUUUCAGAGACCGGCACCCAGGUCUGGUACGACUGGGAGUGCAGCGGCGACCAAAGAGGCCACUCGUGGAUCCUGAGCGGCGGGACCCAGGGCCAUGUUCAGCGCAUCGUCAUUGAUGUCCAGGGCGUCCGGUUCCAGCUCGUUGUCAAUGACCACGCGGCCGACUGGGAGGCAUACAGGGCAAACGUGGAUGCGUUUUGCCAGCAGCCGCCGUGGACAGACUGUUUCGCGGCUUGGGAUGCCGUCCCGUCGCUGUACAUCCAGCCGCUUAUCCAGCACAUCUUUGUCAAGGGCCACGGCGGCGAACACACGGGCGAGGUGUACCUCUGGGACUUGUCUCGGCCGUGGGAACCAAUGGUUAAAUCAUCUGCAUGA